AUGUCAGACUCUAAAUGGCUCCGAGACGUAUCAAGUACAUAUUUAGAAAAACAUGGCUUUACGUUUAGUUAUAUAGAAAUCGGAACAGAAGUUACAACUGUUCAUUCCAAUGACAGGGCGACAACCGCUGACGUACUUGGAAGACAUGAUGUUAGGCUAGUUGGUGGUAAUUAUAAUUGGGAAGGACGUGUUGAGAUAUAUCAUAAUGGAGCCUGGGGAACUAUUUGUGAUGACAACUUUGACACAAACGACGCUAAAGUUAUCCUAAAUCAGGCGGUAGUAAGAACAGAAGUUACAACUGUUCAAUACUUUGACAGAGCUACAACUGCUGACGUACUUGGAAGACAUGAUGUUAGGCUAGUUGGUGGUAAUUAUUUUUGGGAAGGACGUGUUGAGAUAUAUCAUAAUGGAGCCUGGGGAACUAUUUGUGAUGACGACUUUGACACAAACGAAGCUAAAGUAAUAUGUGCAAUGUUGGGGUACAACAGAUAUGGGUAA